AUGCGCCACCGAGCCCCUCUGAGCCUCCCUACGCCCGGGAGUCGCUUCGCUCCCCGGCUCCUACCUGCUUUCGGGGUGCCCGAGCGGGCAGCAGGGGCAGGGGCCGCCACCGAGCGCCGCCGCCGCGCCCCGGGAGCCAGGCACCGGGCAGGAAGAGGCAUCGCCCGCCGCCCACCUCAGAAAGAGCCCGGCGGGGCGAGGCAGUGCCCGCGCAGCGCUGUCCCGGCCUCGGUGGGGCGGGAAGUUCUGCCGGACAGCGGGCGAGGAGCAGCGGCUGCGCCGCUGCGAGAGCGCGGACGGCUCUACGCAGAGCGCGACGCGGCGCGGCACGGAUCGUUUGCUGGCUGCCCCGCACGGAGCGGCGCUGACGUCACGUCGGGGGCGUGGGGGACACAUUUCUCCCAGCCCCCUCCCCCUCCCCCAGCCGCUCUCGCGGGCGGCUCCGUUUCCGGCUCGGUAGCUCGUCGGGGGAGGCCUCUGGCAGCCCGAAGGGCGCGGAGCACGCUAGUGAGCGGAGUCAGAACUACAUUAAAUCAGAUCUGUGGUUUGUGGCAAGGGACAUUCUCCAUUGCACUGAAAUGCAUGGGAAAGGCUGGAGACUCAUCAUGUUCAAGGAACAAUAGUCAAAUGACCAGUCAGUAGAAAUGUGCCAGUAGAAAAAUCACUACUGUAAACCCAGAGAGGAUUCUCAAAGUCU